AAAGCGACAAGCUACAAAAUCAUCAUACCAAGCUCUUAGCUGACAACGACGGCGCACAAAUUCAAAAAUACUUGUAGUGGCGAAGGAGGAAAUAUAGUUGAAAAUAAAUUAUUAGCUGAAAAAUUUGUGGAACACACACAUUGAUUAGAAUCGGUCCGUCGCAGAGAGUUGCACCGCUAAUUUAUUUAAAAUAAUAAUUGGGACAAAUUACUUGACUAUUUAGAAGCGUUUGCAAUUAUCUUGUGGCGACCUUCGAUUUUAGACUGAAUAAAAAAAUAUUAAACCAUAAGUGUUGAAAAAGUAUCCAGUUAUUUAGUACGAAUUGUGAUAAAUUAAAAGUGCAUUCAGAUUCUGACCAAGUGAAAAAGAGUAACGAGUGAAGUGGGUCAUAAGAAGUUAUAUUGCGAAAUGGCUACUUUUCAAAUUCAUCAAGAUGCUGAGAAGGAAAAUCCACAUAUAUCUAUACCACUAAAGGAGAAAACUUUAGUUACAUGUAGCAAUAGAGUAAAUGCUCUGCAACCAUCUUUGCUUGGGGGCGCCGCCGUACCAUUCAAAGGAAAGCUUGGCGAUGGCGUUAGCCGUAACAAUUUUGCUAAGCUAAAUGCAAAUACAAUUGUGUCACAUGGACGCAAUAUAACUGGUGCUGUUACAGCAGGUAGCAAAGUGGCUUUUCGUGAAGUGGGAAAUGCUAAAACACAUAAUGACAAUACCUCAGUUUUUGCAGCUGCAGCUGUUAAAAAAACUGUAGUUGAACAGUUUAAAUCGUUUUCAGUUUAUGAGGAUCAACCGGAUGAAAGCCAACAGAUGUACCAUAAUUUCGCAGCCAGCAGUGCAUCAAUUUCUUUAGCUGACGGAAAGGAAAAUAUAUAUAUUGAUCAACAAAAUCGCCUAAACAGAAAAGACUAUAAACAUGAUGGUAUACAGAGGGAUAAUAAAUCAUAUGACGACUGUCUUUUGGAUACUACGCCAAUGUCAGUAUCGGAGGUACUUUCACCAAUGUCCGUGGAUCGAUCUCAGGUGGGGAUCGUUCAACAAUCGGAAUCGCAAUUGAUUGAUGUUGACAAUGACGAUAAAAAAAUUAUUGAUAUAACUACCGAGGAAGAGGAAGAACAACGGCGUCUCAUCAUUCCACGUAAUGAUCGUCAACGCUUUUUUGAGGUAGUGGAUUAUCAAAGAAAUAUAUUGGAUUAUUUCGUCGAAAGUGAGAAAAAACAUCGACCCAAGCCUCACUACAUGCGUCGCCAGGCGGAUAUUAAUCAUUCAAUGCGUACGAUUCUAGUGGAUUGGCUAGUUGAAGUGUCGGAAGAGUACAAUUUAGAUACAGAAACUCUAUAUCUUUCCGUUUCGUAUAUUGAUCGAUUUCUAAGCCAAAUGUCUGUGGUACGCAGCAAACUGCAAUUGGUUGGCACGGCAGCCAUGUACAUUGCAUCAAAGUAUGAAGAAAUCUACCCUCCAGAUGUUGGUGAAUUCGUGUUCAUUACCGAUGAUACUUACAAUAAAGCCCAAGUUUUACGAAUGGAGCAGAUUAUUCUGAAAAUUUUAGCGUUUGACUUAUGCACACCUACUGCGUAUGUGUUUAUCAACACUUAUGCUGUAUUGCUAAACAUGACAGAUAAGCUAAAAUUUCUAACUCAGUAUAUUUGUGAGUUAUCUCUUUUGGAAGCUGAUCCGUAUUUGCGUUUUCUUCCAUCAUUAAUAUCAGCUGCUGCUCAUGCAUUAGCUCGGCAUCUCUUGGAUUAUUCAAUUUGGAAUUCAGAAUUAGAAGAGGUAACAUCAUAUACCUUAGAAGACCUCAAAGAAGUAAUACUACAUCUCUGUAAAUCACACAAAUCGGCCACUAAACUAGCUCAACAGGCCAUACAGGAAAAAUACAGGGCAGAUAAGUAUAAAAAAGUAUCAACUAUCAAACCUGUUGAACUGGACAAUGAAGCAUUCGAACUUCUGGUACGUAAAAAUAAUGGUUUGGUUAGCAACGAAGAAACCCUUGAAAAGAUAUCAACUGAUUUUAGUAAUGAACAUGUACAGCGAACCAUUUCUCUGAUGUUCAACUGAUAUGUAUUAAAUAUGACACAUUUUAGUUCGUGUAUUAUGAAUUAGUGUUAAUUGAAAAACGCUUAAUAUUUGUUCAUAUUUUAUUUGUUCCCCGUUUUGAUUUGUAUACAGAAGCUUGACUAUUUUUUAUCAAGCAACCGUUUAUGUUUAGAGCGGUUACUCGAAUUAAAUAAUAGAGGUUAUUAUAUUUUUAAACAUACAAAUUUGUUAAAAACACAGAACUUUUCCUCAAUGAAAAUUAUAUUAUCUGUAAAAAAAAACACUCGAUCUAAAUACUAUUUUUUAAUCAAAAGGACAAUUUUAAAUUUA